AUGGUGAAGCUGAGUUGCAGCUUCUCUGGGAAGUCAGGCAAGGAAACAGGAGGCCAGGAGGGGACCGCCAUGGACAGUGUUCCUCUGAUCAGCCCCCUGGAUGUCAGCCAGCUUCAGCCAUCAUUCUCUGACCAGGUGGUCAUCAAAACACAAACAGAAUAUCAGCUUACCUCCUCAGACCAGCCAAAGAAGUUUGCAGAUUUGGAGGGUCAAAGGCUGGCCUGCGGCAACGCAGAAGAAGGGCGCAAAAUGCCCACUGCAAGGAUGAUCGCCUUUGCCAUGGCACUCAUGGGCUGUGUGCUGAUCAUGUACAAGGCCAUUUGGUAUGACCAGUUCUCCUGCCCAGAUGGCUUCCUGCUUCGGCACAAGAUCUGCACCCCGCUGACCUUGGAGAUGUACUACACGGAAAUGGACCCCGAGCGCCACCGCAGCAUCCUGACAGCCAUCGGGGCCGGGGCCUACCCGCUGAACCGCAAGCAUGUUACCGAGAUGCCCGCCGUCUGGGGGAACAGCUUCCGGGCCUCCAAAGAGGAGCAUAAGGGCCCCAUCCCAGUGGCGGUGGUGGUGUCCACUGCAGCGACAGCGGCUUCGGCAGCAGGCACAGAGCCUUCAGGGAGGCCUUUGGCUAUGAGAGAGAAAGAAGACCCGCAGAAGGCGGAGGGCAUGCCGUCCCAGGCCCCCCAGUGACUGUCGUCCUCCCCCCCCAU